UGUCCUGGCUGAGACUCCGAAACCUCGCUCCUUCCACCGAGGAGCAGCCGGCGCCGCAUCCCGCAGGGAAGGAGCAGCUCCCGGAGGGUCUGGGAGAAAAACCCUCCCGGGGUUUUCCAGCUGCCUCCCAGGAUCCCGGGCUGCUUCCUGCAGGGCUUCGCUUCCAUGGAAAAAUCUGAACCCCCUCCGAGCGCCGGCGGCGCCUCUCCGCCCUGGGGAGCUGGGAUUAGCUCAGGAAAUGAGGCACAAGCAGAGACUCCUCCGGCUGCUCCCGCCCUUUCCCGUCGUUCCAGCAGGAUGAGAGCGGCGGAGCUCCUGGUGCUGUGUCUGCCCGCGCUCCUGGUGCAGGGACAGUUCAGCAGGUUCGAGGGCAUCACCUACCCCGAGCCAGUCCAGUACUCCCAGUACGACCAGCAGGCAGAAAUUCAGGAUUACUACGACUACCACGAUGUCACCCCCCGAGCCCCGGAGGAGCAGUUCCGGUACCAAUCCCAGCAGCAAUCCCAGCAGGAAACCGUGCCGGCCCCGACCCCAGCUGCGGUGCCCGAGACGGAGCCCACGGAGCCGGGACCGCUCGACUGCCGGGAGGAGCAGUACCCCUGCACCCGGCUCUACUCCGUGCACAAGCCCUGCAAGCAGUGCCUGAACGAGAUCUGCUUCUACAGCCUCCGCCGGGUGUACGUCAUCAACAAGGAGAUCUGCGUCCGCACCGUGUGCGCCCACGAGGAGCUGCUGCGAGCCGACCUGUGCCGGGACAAGUUCUCCAAGUGCGGGGUGAUGGCCACGAGCGGCCUGUGCCAGAGCGUGGGCGCGUCCUGCGCCCGCAGCUGCGGCGGCUGCUGAGCGCCGGCCCCGCCGCGCACCCGCCCCGCGCCGCCGCAGCUCCCGUGCAUCAAGGAGCAGCUCCCGUGCAUGAGGGAGCCGCUCCCCGAGACCCCGGGAUUCCUCUUCUCCUUGUGCACAUAAUAAUU